AGUGAAACAAAAUGCUGCAUAUAUCACGUGGUUUUAUUGAUAGUGUUAGACAUUCUCUGGUGUUACGUUGUGUGUGGUAAAUAAAAGCUAAACUUUAACGGCUAGCUAAUCAUGUAAGCCUAGUGAGAUAUCUGGUAUGGUCUGCCACCGAUAAAAAGACAUACAUCAGCUCAUAUUUAGACUCCUUGUCUUUCAUCUUAGCCUCAUCCAGCCCAGGCAGUAACGCUAGUUCUUGAAGUAGAGCUGCUGAGCAAAACUGCAGACACAAAUUGACAUGGCCGCAAAUCCUCCUGCUCAAGGUUUCCAGAACAAAAACCGCGUUGCCAUAUUGGCUGAACUGGAUAAGGAGAAAAGGCGCCUUAUUCAAAACCAGACCAUUAAUCCCGGAGCGAGUAUCCCUUUAUCAAGACCAGCAGUAAAUAAAGACUUUCGAGACCAUGCAGAGCAACAGCAUAUUGCAGCCCAGCAGAAAGCUGCCCUUCAGCAUGCUCACGCUCAUUCUUCCGGAUUCUUCAUCACCCAAGAUUCGUCCUUUGGGAACCUCAUCCUGCCAGUUUUGCCUCGACUAGACCCCGAAGGACAAUGAGGAGUGGGGUGGGAAGGGGGGUUGGGAGAUGAGAGGUGGUGGGAGAGACUGAGGGAGAGGUUGGGGGGGAUGUGACACGUGUGGAUUAUGUUUUGCUUUUGUAAUGUUUUUAUUAAGGCAUAUUCAAUUUAAGAUCAAGUGAACAGUAAGUGUACUACCAAUGCUAUUAAAUUUGAACACAGCUUCCAGCUGACAUAUUUUCCCAA